AUGUCUUGUCAAGAAAUCUCUCGAUGUGAAGUUGCUCGACACUGUGCGCCCGACGAUGCCUGGAUUAUCAUUCACAACGAUGUUAUCGAUAUAACAAAGUUUCUUGAUGAACAUCCUGGUGGUGUAGAAAUUAUGCUUGAAUAUGUCGGAUGUGACGCUACAGACGCUUUUGAGAGUGUGGGUCAUUCGGCGACUGCUCGUUUGCUCGCUGAAAAAUGUAAAAUUGGAAUUUUACCGAAACAUGAAGUAACCGAAACGACCCAGUACAUCACUGAGGCAAAGGUUUUAUCACUUCCUCGAAUUCAAUCGGUCAACAGCCAGUUAUCGUUCCAGAAGCUCUUGUGUCCGCUUCAUGUUACUUCGUAA